AUGUCCGAGCAUCCUGCUCGUCCGGCUCGGGACCCCGCCGCGAAGGGCAAAUCUCGAACAACAGACCCGACGGGCCCGAUCCGAAAACGACGGAAGAGGACGGUGGUAAGCGGUGCAUCCGAUGAUUGCUUUGCGUGCUCCAAACGGGGCGCCCGGUGUGAUAGGCGCCGACCAUACUGCUCCCAGUGCCUCGAGAUGGGCCGCGAGUGUUCCGGAUACAAGACGACGUUGACGUGGGGGGUCGGAGUCGCCAGUCGAGGCAAAUUGCGAGGCCAAACUUUGCCUGUCGUGGAAGCUGCAGAGGGGCCGUCGGGGGCCUCCUCUAAAACAUCACCGCCGUCGGAGCCGCAACAGGCUCAGCCCCAACAGCCGCAGCAACAAACCUGCCAACCGACACGGUCAAGCGCGCAAAGCCAGCCGCCGUCGCAGAUCGCCACAGGUGCCCCGGCGUCAGCGCCUCCCAUUGGAAUGGCGCCCGACAGGCUAGGUAUUGCACCGCAAGCCUCGAUGGAGUUCGAUCCAAGGAGUCCCUCGGCGACGUCUCAGAUGUCCGAUAUGUCAAGGAACUUGGCGUGGUCAAUGGACAUGCCCGAUCUCCAGUCAUGGUCAAAUGCCUCCACUAUUGCCCCUCAAAUAUCUCUGCCACCUGCAAUCCCGAACCGCUCAGUGAUGGCCAAUCAUUCCAGUCCCGGUAUCGCGUCGGAUGCAUCAAUACAAUAUCAACCAACACUGAGCCCGGAAACUGGCUUCACAACCCCCAUGUGGCCGGUCGCGCAGAAUUGGGCAGCACAGAAUUCGACGCCCCCGUCGCAAGAUGCAGAUGAGGAGUAUGAAAGACAUACCCCAGAAAACUCGAUAUUGUGGAAUCACGGCCACUCGCCUUCAUACUCCCAGAUGCUGAUCUCUAGGUCGGUUGGACGGACGCCUCGUCUUCGCUACUUAAUUAGCUAUUUUACAGAGGUCAUUGCGCCGAUGAUCGUGGCAUUCGAUACCCCGUCCAACCCAUUUCGUACUCAGGUUCUUCACCUGGCUCAAAGUAGCGAGGCGCUGCAAGAGGCGAUUGCUACACUAGCGACGAGCAAUUUGCGCCAGAGGCGAGAGCGAAAUCAUCUUUCCACCGAAAGAACUCUACCCGCGCGUCUGUCAUCUAUGGCCCACCGUGCCCUGACCGACGAAGCAUUCCAAGAUAAAUAUGGGAUUUCGGUACCAGAGGCAUAUGCGAGAGAAGAAAACUAUCAUCGAGGCAUGGCGGUCAAGGCUUUGAAUGCUGACCUGGCCGAUCCACAGCGUCGACUAUCCGACUCAGUUUUGGCAACGCUGUUGGUCCUUUGUCUUUUUCAUGGCUGCGAUACAGGUGUUGCGGAGUUUCGCUCCCAGUUUGCUGGUGUCACGCGACUACUUGCCAUCCGAAUGCGCCAUUCGCCUGUCGUCAGUGACGAUCUCAAAUGGUUCAUUCGCAUGUUCUCGUGGUUUGAUACCCUCACUGCUACUACGAACGACCGUGAUGUGCAACUGCGUGGGCGAUGUCUGGAGAUUAGCUCAAGAACUGAUAGCGAAUGGGGACUGGAGAACUUGGCAGGCUGUGAUGGUCGCUUGUUCAAGAUGAUCUCACAGCUGGGUCGUCUCAACAUUUUGAGCCAGGAACAAGAGCCGACUGAUCCUCGACCGGCCGACGUGACCAUUCCAACUGCCUCCCUCCCACCAAACAUGGUGUUCCCUGGCUGGGACACCGUCACCUCAGCUACAGGACUUGGGCUCUCAGCGGGAUUGGGAUAUGGCUUCUCCAUCCCAACUCCCCCACAAAGCAGUGAUCAAGCGAGAAAGCCCUCUUCUCCUGCAUUCUGGACCGAAUGGUAUUCCCUGCGCCAACGGCUCGAAUCCUGGCGAUUCGACCCACCUGCAGAGGCCUCGUUCCCUUCACCACCCCUGUCCACCUCAUCCGCAUCUUGGAAUGCCCCGACCUUCACUCCUGUACCCUCUUCCUCGCCACAAUAUUAUGUGGCGCCCGAGAAUCUUCAAGACGUCUACCAAAUUUCCGAAUGCUUCCGCCAUGCGGCGCUUCUUUAUUGUGAGCGACUUGCCGAGCCGAGCCUGCCAUCGCGUCAUCCUCGUAUCCAGCAUCUAGUUCUCUUGGCAAUGCAUUGUCUCUGCGCUGUGCAGUCAGAUGUGUAUCUCCUCUGGCCACUGUUCAUCGUGGGAUCUGAAUGUGUCCAGGAGGACCACCGGGCAUCUAUUCGUCAUCGCUGCAGGGACAUCUCCAAAGACUCUGGCUUUGUGAAUAAUAUAUCCUGCUUGGAAUUACUGGAAAAGAUUUGGGCAGAGCACUCUGACGAGUCGUCAUACCCUGUCUACCCCUCUGGCAUGGCCCCGCCGCUCCUGGAUGGAAGCCGAGCGCGCUUCACAUCGCAAGCCUUCCGUUGGUCGCGCGUGAUGCAGGCGAAACGGGCGGAUGGAGAAUAUAUGGUGGUUUAA